CCUAGUUAUGCAUGUCUGUGCGCGCGUUGCCCACCACCCAACCUGUGAAGUCAGAAACUUUUCGAACCCUUAAACCCUAAACUGAAAAUCUCAGUGAUACCAAGUUUGGUAGUUUGUUCAGAGAGUAUCUAUCUAAGUGAGGGAAGACCAAAACAAGAAGAGCAACAAGCAACAAAAUGCAGAUUCUCGUAAGAAAACUGCUGCAGAGGAUCUCAUUCAAACAAGUUACAAGUUAUCGUACAUAUUGUACAAAGAAGGUUGUUGAUAUUGGACAGCCAACUCCUGCAUCUCAUCCGCAGUUUCUCAGAGAAGGGGAGAUCACUCCUGGAAUAACUAAUGAGGAAUACAUAUCAAGGAGAAAAAAAUUGUUGGAUCUUCUCCCAGAAAAGAGUGUGGCCAUCAUUGCAGCUGCCCCUGUAAAGAUGAUGACAGAUGUUGUGCCUUACACAUUUCGGCAAGAUGCUGAUUAUUUAUAUAUUACUGGCUGCCAACAACCUGGAAGUGUGGCGGUUUUAGGUCAUGAGUGUGGUUUAUGCAUGUUCAUGCCAGAAGCAGAUUCUUAUGAUGUUAUUUGGCAAGGGCGAAUUGCAGGAGUUGAUGCAGCGUUGAAGACGUUCAAGGCUGAUAAAGCAUAUCCAAUGAGAAAAUUACCUGAGAUUCUUCCAGAAAUAAUAAGGAGAUCCUCCAAAUUGUUCCACAAUAAGCAGACAGCCAUGUCAACAUAUAUGCAUUUGGAGCCCUUUCAGAAGGCAGCUAACAAUGGCAAAGUGGAAGAUCUGUCUAGUUUUACCCAUGAGUUACGUUGGAAAAAAUCACCAGCAGAGCUUACGUUGAUGAGAGAAUCUGCAUCAGUUGCUUGCCAGGCCCUUCUGCAGACAAUGUUUCAUUCAAAGGCAUAUCCUUCUGAGGGCGUACUAUCCGCUAAGGUUGAAUAUGAAUGCAGAAUGAGAGGUGCUCAGAGAAUGGCAUUCAACCCUGUGGUUGGUGGUGGACCUAAUGCUAGUGUUAUACAUUAUUCUCGAAAUGAUCAGAAAAUUAAUGAUGGAGAGCUUGUUUUGAUGGAUGUUGGGUGCGAGUUGCACAGUUAUGUUAGUGAUCUUACUCGCACCUGGCCACCCUGUGGUAGCUUCUCUUCUGCUCAAGAAGAGCUUUAUAAUCUUAUACUACAAACAAACAAGGAAUGCCUGAAGCUUUGCAAACCUGGUGCUACCAUACAGCAAAUACACAAUUAUUCAGUUGAAAUGCUACGAAAAGGACUCAAGGAGAUUGGAAUUUUGAAAAGUGAGGGAAGCAGUUCCUACCAUCAGCUGAACCCAACUUCUAUAGGUCACUAUCUGGGAAUGGAUGUACAUGAUUGUUCUAAGAUCAGCUAUUACCGGUCUUUGGAGCCAGGUGUUGUGAUAACAAUUGAACCAGGAAUCUACAUCCCAUCUUUUUUCGAUGGUCCAGAGAGGUAUCAAGGCAUUGGGAUAAGGAUUGAGGAUGAGGUCCUUAUUACAGAAACUGGUUAUGAGGUCCUCACUGGGUCAAUGCCAAAAGAAGUUAAACACAUUGAAUCCUUGCUAAAUAACUUCAGCCAUGGAAUCGGUAUGGAGAGCCAUAACAAGAUCAGAGCUGCAUCCAGUUGAUAAUCCCGUUGUAAAUUGAAGAGCCAAGACUGAUUUAUUAGCAGAGGAAAUCAAUUUUAAGGCUUUCUCCAAACAAAUUGGAUUCAUCUCGGAAGCGAGGAGUGGCUGAUUAUCUUCGUGGAACAAUUUCCUGCACAAGUUGUGCAUCAGUUGAGUUUAACAUGCAACCUUAUUCUUGUGCAACAAAGUUUUGAACUAUUUUAGUCAUUGUCAUUUUGUUAUAUUGCUCUCAUAGAGGGUAAAAAAAAGCGAGUGGUAGAAUACUAGAAUGCCAGUCCUUUGUUUUCUUCAUCUUGGGGGUCUGUACAUUUUUUUACAUUUAUCCAUUGUAGGUAUGGAUAAUCAGUAAGAAAUUUUGCAGUAAAAGGUAGUUUAUAUUAUUAUUAUUAUUA